GUCAUACAACGAAAUUUUCAUUUUGUGAUAACGCGUAUUGUUUCCUUUUAUUGAUUUUAUAACAUGCAAAACUUACUCAUAAUCAGCACUUUCAUUAAGCUAUUACUUAUACCAGCAUAUCGAUCGACUGAUUUUGAAGUUCAUCGAAAUUGGUUAGCUAUAACACACAGUUUACCAAUCAAUCAAUGGUAUCUUGAGAAAACGUCUGAAUGGACACUUGACUAUCCUCCUUUCUUUGCAUGGUUUGAGAAGCUAUUGAGUUGUUUUGCUGCUUUCGUGGAUCCCAAGAUGUUAAAAAUUGAAAAUCUUGAAUAUGCAAGUAAUGAAACUGUCAUAUUUCAGAGAUUAUCUGUCAUUGUCAGUGAACUACUUCUUUUUUGGGCGUUAUCAAGAUACACGAAAUAUUUUGGAAACAAAUAUACACACUGGGUCAUAGCCGGAUCUAUACUUAUGCAUCCAGGGGUUAUCAUAGUAGAUCAUAUUCAUUUCCAGUAUAAUGGAAUUUUGUAUGGUAUACUGCUUUUAUCUAUUGUGGAAGCCAAGAAAAAUAAAAUGCUCUUGUCUGGUAUACUGUUUGCUGUGCUGUUAAACUUUAAGCAUAUAUAUUUAUAUAUGGCGCCUGCCUACUUUGUUUACUUGCUAAAGUCUUACUGCUAUAUUCAAGAUAGUCCAGCCAUGGCAUUUUCACUUCAAAGGUUUAUUUUACUUGGUAGUUCAGUUAUUGCUGUAUUCCUUUUGUCUUUUGGACCAUUCAUUUAUUUUGGUCAAAUAUCCAAUGUACUUCAGCGACUCUUUCCGUUCACUCGCGGGUUAUGUCAUGCCUACUGGGCACCUAAUCUUUGGGCACUCUAUGCUGCCACUGACAGAGCCUUGAUCAUCCUUGGAAAGAGACUUGACUGGAAAUUAAAAGAAGAAGCAAUCGGCUCUAUGACAAAAGGCUUUGUGGGUGACACUCAAUUUGCUGUAUUACCAACCAUUGAGGCCAUUCACACACUGAUUUUUACUACAGGUGUACAACUGAUCGUGCUUCAAAAGUUAUGGAGAAAGCCAACCUUUAACAACUUUUUAUCUUCACUGAUAUUAUGUGCAUUCGCAACUUACUUAUUUGGAUGGCAUGUUCAUGAAAAGGCCAUCAUGAUUGUCCUAAUUCCUUAUGGGUUGAUAGCGACGGACAGCAAGUUAAAUCUAAGAGCGUUUGUCAUAUUAAGCAUAGCAGGUAUCUAUUCAUUGUAUCCUCUGCUAUUUCAACCUACAGAAACUCCUAUAAAGUUGGUAUAUACUCUGCUUUGGGCAUUUACUAUUGUACCCAGCCUGUCCUAUAGCAUGAACAUUGCACUAAAGGAUCUUUUAUCAAGAAUAGAGAAAUUGUACUUGGUUGGAUUUUUAUUCCUGCAGUGCUAUACAAGUAUAAUACACGACUUGCUAUUUGAUGCUUAUCAGUUACAGUUCUUGCCUCUAAUGGUGACAAGUCUAUACUGUAGUGCUGGUAUCAUUUAUGGCUGGUGUAUGUUGAUGAUAAACUACUUGAUUAAUUAAAUAAACAAACUACCAUAUCCUAUUUGAGAUGAUGCAUUUAAAAGC